GAGCGGGACCGGCUCCAGUGGCCCCCCAGAGCUGGAACCGUGAGCAACACGUAUACACACGCUAGAAUACAUUAAAUAUUACAUUAGAUUGACUUACAAAAAAAAGACACAAGAAGAAGAACAGGGAGAGCUCCAAUCCCGAAAAGAAGAGAGAACAAAAAAAAAAAAAUCCAAAAGAGAAAACAAAAGUUUUUUUUUUUUUUUUCUUUUGGAGGGAGAGAAAGCUCAAGAAAGAAAAAAAUCAUUUUCAACGUGUGACUAAGGGAAUUGAGAGGUUCUCUGGUACAUCGUCGUUUUACUUGGAAAAACGAGAGAAAAAGGAAAAGGCGACAUCAACACAAAUUGUCUCUUUGCGGGUGAAUUUAGGGCUCCCGCUCUCUUCCGUUGUUCUGUGUGUUCCUGCGCGAGUUCCGGUUUCUCAACAAAGGAAUCGAAAAAAAAGUCAAGAAACGUCUCAAAAAGAAAUGUCUCAGCGGUCAAUAGUGCCGUCCGAGAAGCAAGUCCUGCUGUCCCAGCAGCGGACGAUGGAGCAGCGUUCAUCGGCAUCAUCGACGACCGUCCGUGAAUCGCACACCCGCGGCCAAGAGACCCGUGUCGCCCAACAGACAUUCACGUCGCAACAGCAAAGCACCAACACCACUCACAGAGUUCAGGGUGCUAUGCUGCAACAGGGUCAUCAAAUUCAGCAACAGGGCCAUCAAAUCCAGCAACAGGGCCAUCAAAUCCAGCAGCAGGGAUAUCAACAACAACAGCAGCAGAUGAUAAUGAGCGGUGGCCGACCGUCAAUGGUCAUGGACGGCUCGCCACCAGUCUUUGAGCAAAUCUUUCGAAAUGCCCGUUUCGCUCAGGGGGGCGAUGCCUUUUUUGAAGGCAAAGUGACCGGCAAUCCCCGGCCUGAACUGUCCUGGACCCGUGAAGGCAAACCACUCGCCACGGGUGGCAAAUACCAAAUGCAAUACGAGCCAACUUCGGGCAAAGUUUCUCUACUUAUCACUCACAUUGGGCCUGGAGACGAAGGCGAAUACACCUGCACGGCUGUCAACAAGUUUGGCGAAGCCAUUUGCACCGUUUACAUCCAGCCGGAAGGACUCAACUUUCCUCAACAUCUGCCAGACAUACACGAACGCAGCGCUCACACUGAGCUGCUCUCUUACCAAACGAACGGAAAUCAACAACAGCAAGAGCUCUACGAUGUCGACUUUAAGGUGGACACGUUCGAGUACCGGCUGUUGCGCGAGGUCGAAUUCCGCGAAUCGCUCACCCGCCGCUCGCAGUUGGAUCUCCAUACAGAGACCGAGACCGAAACUGAGACGGAUUUUGAGCAGCUUACCACACCACUUGCACCGCCUCAACUGGUUCAGCAACCCCGUAAUACUAAGCUGCUCCAAGGCUCUGAUGCCACCUUUCAGGCCAAGCUUCAAGGCAACCCGAAGCCAAAGUUGACGUGGUUCAUGAACGGCGCCCGCUUGAACCCAUCACCUCGUCAUCAGUUGACCCACAGCAACCACCUGGCGACGCUCAAAAUUCGCAACGUCCAACCUCAGGAUGCUGGACAUUACACGCUGUUUGCCGAAAACGCUGCCGGAUGCAUCGUUUCAACUGCUUUCUUAGCCGUCGAGCCUUCCGGCGCCAGCAAUGGAUUCUCGCCAGUCGAUAAACGCGCCCAGUCUCGUCCGGCCGCAGCUAUGGCCAACAACGAAGUCACUGCCGCCAAAGUGCCCAGGACCGCUUCGCAAGAACGUCCCGGAAACGAUGCCGUCGUCAUGGAAACUGGCGAACCGAGUGGAAAAGCUCUACCCCCGCAGUUUGUCCGCGUUCCGGCUGACCAGGAAGUGGGAGAAGGCAAAAUGGUCCGUUUUGAUUGCCGUAUCACCGGCCGUCCCUACCCCGACGUCUUGUGGUACCUCAACGGCCACCAGAUCCUCGACGAUGCGACGCAUAAAAUUUUGGUCAACGAAUCUGGCAACCACGCCUUGAUGAUUACUGGCGCCGGCCUCAACGAUUCUGGAGUCAUCCAGUGUGUGGCCCGCAACAAAGGUGGCGAGGCCAGUUUCCAAGUCCGGCUAUCGGUGAUCGAACGCGAGCAAGUCGUCGCUCCGAAAUUCGUCGAACGGUUCACCACCGUUCACGUCAAGGAAGGCGAGCCCGUUAGUCUGCACGCCCGCGCAAUUGGAACGCCCAUCCCCAAGCUCACCUGGCAAAAGGACAGCGUUCCAGUCAGCUCAGCCGGACCGGAAUUGUCUAUUAGAAACGAGGGCGGCUACAGCGCUCUUGAGAUCCCUUGCGUCCGUCUUGCCGAUGCCGGAUGGUACCAAUGUACGGCUCAGAACGUUGCCGGAUCGACUGCUACCCGCGCUAGACUCUUUGUCGAUCAGCAAAAACUCUCUUCGGGCCAACCGAAAGCCAUGCGUUUCCCCAAGCCAACGAAAGUCAUCCAGCCACAGCCGGAACCCGAGCCAGAAGUCAUUUAUUUACGUCACGUCGAACGCGCGCGCCCUCAAGCGCCCCGUCGCGAAGAAGAGGAACGUGUUUAUGAGGCGCCCAUUUUCAUCCUUCCGUUGAAAGAUGUGAAUUUAGCCGAAGGCCAGCGAGCCUAUUUCGAAGCCAAAGUGAAUCCAGCCGGCGACCCGAAUAUGCGUGUCGAUUGGUUCAUCGAUGGCAAACCUUUGGCGGCCAGCUCUCGUGUCACGGUUACUUACCGUUUUGGCUACAUUUCUCUGCUGUUGAUUGGCGUCAUCCGCGAAGACAGCGGAGUCUACACUUGCCGCGUCAGCAACGAGGCCGGCUACGCUGAUUCGAGCGCCACGAUGAACGUCGGCCCGCGGGCCACCAUUGAAUCGACCUCGCAGCAUCCCGAAUCGCUGGAACAGAUCCAAAUGUUGGAAGAUUAUUCGCGCUAUCAGCGCAACACUUCUGUCGAGGAGAGUUUGUCCGGCUCGCGUCCCGUCUUUGUGAAACCGUUGCACGAUCUCGGCAUCAUGAACGAAGGCGCUUAUGCCCAUUUUGAGGCGCAAAUUCAGCCCGUCAGCGAUCCGUACAUGCGGAUCGAAUGGUACAAAGAUGGUCGUUCCAUCACCGCCAGCUCGCGCAUCACUACCAUCUACAAUUUCGGGUAUGUGGCAUUGAAUGUAAUGCACUUGCGCUCCGAAGAUGCAGGCAUGUACACCGUCAAAGCCAUCAACCGUCAAGGAGAGGCUGUCAGUCAGGCCUCGAUCCAGGUUGCCACACGUGGCACGGUCACUGGAGAUUUGGGUAUCCCAGAACAACAACGUUACAUCGAACGUAUUGAAGAAUUGGAAGCGUAUCAGCUGUCGCUGGCCCAGCGCGGUCAGCCGGAGCCUAUCGAGGCUACGUCGCCACCCGAGUUCAAGUCGCCCAUCAAAGAUCAAUUUGAAAUUCGUGAAGGAGGCUUUGCACACUUUGAAGCUCGUCUUGAACCCAUCGGCGAUCCUAAACUGACAGUUCACUGGUUUAAAGAUGGGAAACCACUGGAGGCCAGUUCUCGCAUCACCAAUUUCUUCAAUUUCGGUUACGUCGCGUUGACUAUCAAAUUCAUCACGGUCCACGACCGCGGUGUGUAUACGUGCGUGGCCCGCAAUGCGUUGGGUGAAGCCCAAACGACGGCCAAACUCACCGUCAUUUCGAAGCAGGACAUUCUGCUCGAGACGCAACACCCCGAAGGUUUGGAGAAGAUCCGUUACCUGGAAGACGAUUCGCGUUACGCUCGCAAGGAAGAGACUGUUACAUCGGUCACCAUCAAACCGCGUUUCCUCGGCCCACUGAAGGGAACCAACAAGAUUGUCGAGGGCCAGAAAGCCCAUUUCGAAAUCCGACUGGAACCGCAAAAUGACUCGACUUUGCGCGUGGAGUGGUACUUUAACGGCAAAGUCCUCAUGCAGGCGAGUCGCAUCCACCUGUUCCACGACUUUGGCUAUGUGGCCCUGGAUAUUUUGGAUGUGCGAUCUGAAGAUGCUGGUACUUACACCGUAGUUGCCCGCAACGCUCUUGGCGAAGCCCAAUCAGAAACCACUAUGGUGGUGGAGACCCGUAGCAGCGUCGACACUACGUCGAUGCACCGCGUCGCUUACGACAAAGCUCAGCGCUUGGAAGAAUCGAAAUUCCAGGAACCGCAAUACGACAUCGAAGAGAUUUCCAAAUCUCGGCCGAUUUUCGUGAUCCCAUUAAGCGACCCGCAUCCCGUCAACGAAGGCAACAACGUCCAUUUGGAAUGCCGUCUGGAACCGAUGGGUGACCCAACAAUGCGCGUCGAAUGGUAUUUUAACGGCAAACCGAUCACGGUCGGGUCCCGUUUCAAGUCUUACUUUGAUUUCGGAUUCGUCGCCUUGGAUGUGAUUGGCGUGACGGCCUUGGAUUCCGGCGAGUACACCGUCCGCGCCACUAACCAUUUGGGCACGGCCCACACUUCGGCCUGUGUCCGCAUCAUCGGUCGUUCCGACAUUAUGACCGAGACUCAGCACGAAGGCGCUUGGGAGCAGAUUCAAAUGCUGGAAGAUUCUUCGCGUUACAGCCGCAAACAAGUGGAAGAGAUGUCCGUCGAGCAGAUUCCGCUGUUCACCAAACCGCUGCACAACAUCGAAACGGUUGAAGGCACCAACAUCCAUUUGGAGUGCCGUCUCAUCCCAGUUGGAGAUUCUUCCAUGCGAAUCGACUGGCUCGUCAAUGGACAACCCAUCCGCACUGGGCAUCGCUUCCGUCCGGCUUUCGAUUUCGACUACGUGGCGCUGGAUAUCCUCAGCGUCUACCCUGAAGAUUCCGGUGUCUACACUUGCCGCGCUUACAACAAACUGGGCGAGGCUGUCACUUCCAGCAGCGUCCGCGUCGUUGCCAAAUCGCAGUUGAUACUCGAAUCGCAGCAUCCCGGCGGUUUGGAGAAGAUCCAAUACUUGGAAGACGCUUCGCGCUACAAGCGCCGUGAGGACAUCGAUGAAAUCGUUGCCAUCCGUCCGCGUUUCCUGUCCAAACCUAAACCGCAAGAAGGUCUGCGUGAGGGACAAAACGCUCAUUUCGAAUGCAAAUUGGAACCCGUUCAGGACCCUAAUCUCAAGGUGGAAUGGUUCAAAAACAAUUGCCCCGUCACCAUCGGCAGCCGCUUCCGUCCCAUCCACGAUUUCGGCUACGUAGCGCUGGACAUCAUCGGUCUAAUCGCCGAAGACACUGGCGUCUACACGUGCCGCGCUCAGAAUGCCGUCGGCGUGGACGAGACAUCGGCCACUUUGUCGUGCAAAUCGUCCAAGCAGAUCGUGACGGAAGCGCAGCGCGAAAACCUUGGCAUGGAGAAGUUGCAAUAUUUGGAAGACAAAUCGAAAUACCAUCGGGCCGAAGAAUCCGAAGAGAUUUGCACUCAGGCGCCAGUAUUUACCACGUCGUUGAAAACGAUCGAAAUCAAGGAAGGCCAGCGCGCGCAUUUCGAGUGCCGUUUGAUUCCCGUUUCGGAUCCCACCAUGAGAGUCGAGUGGUUCCAAAACAACGUGCCGCUCAAAUCCGGCUCUCGUUUUAUGGAGACCAACAGCUUCGGAUUUGUUGCCCUGGACAUUAUGUACGCCUACCCCGAGGAUGCUGGCACUUAUACCUGCCGUGCGUCAAAUGCUUUGGGGCAGGCCGUUACCUCGUGCCAGUUGAAUGUCCACUCGAAGAAAUCCAUCGUACGAGAGACCCAGAAUCAGACGGCCUUGAGCCAGAUCCAGUACCUGGAAGAUACUUCACGCCAACAGCGACCCUCUGACGUCGACGACUCUACUACCCAGGCUCCAGUGUUUACUCAGCCGAUGAAGAACUUGACUUUGAAAGAAAACCAAUCGGCCCAUUUCGAAGCCCGUCUCAUCCCUGUUGGAGAUUCUCGCCUCAAAGUGGAAUGGUUUAAGAACGGAGUGCCUCUCCAGGAUGCCAACCGAAUUUCGACACUGAACGAUUUCGGCUUCGUAGCCCUGGAUUUGAAGUACGUCCGCCCCGAUGAUUCCGGCACUUAUUCGUGCCGUGCUACCAACGAAUUGGGUCAAGCCGUGACGUCGGCUACGUUGAUUGUCCAGUCGAGGGACACGUUAGUCGUCACCGAGACGCAACAUCAAACCGCUCUGGACAAACUCCAGUACCUGGAAGAUACUUCGCGCUACCAACGUCAAGUUGAAGAGGAUUCCGUCGUGACGGAGAAGCCCAAAUUCGUGGCUCCGCUCAAUGGGCCAACUAAAUUGGUGGAGGGUCAAAACACCCACUUUGAAUGCCGCAUCGAACCGUACCCGGAUCCCAGCAUGAAGGUGGAAUGGUUCCACAACGGAAAGGCUUUGUCCACUGGCCAUCGUUUCCGCACCGUUCACGAUUUCGGUUUCGCUGCCCUGGACAUCCUCAGCGUCUAUCCCGAAGAUUCUGGAGAGUACACCAUCAAGGCUACCAACAAGCUGGGCAGCUGCACGUCCACCCUCAGCAUUGACGUAUCGUCGCGUUCCGGCCUUAUUACCGAAUCGCAGCAUCAAGCGGCUCUGGACAAGAUCCUGUACCUGGAAGACGACUCGCGUCACAGGCGCAUCGAUGAAGUCGAUUCUGCCAUGACGGACAAGCCGUCAUUCGGCCGUCCACUUUGCAAUUUGAACCUGGCUGAAGGCCAGUCCGCUCACCUGGAAGCCACCCUGGUGCCCGUUAAUGACCCGACGAUGCGUGUUGAAUGGUAUCACAAUGGCCGCCCCAUCUCCCAGGGCCAUCGUUUCCGCACGACUUAUGAUUUCGGUUUUGUGGCUCUGGACAUCCUCUACGCUUACGCUGAAGAUUCUGGAACGUACAUGUGCAAAGCCAUCAACGCCAACGGAGAAACUGUUACCACUUGCUCCGUCACGGUUGAAGGCAAAGCUGGGCUCGUCUUGGACACGCUCGAUCAACAACGAUUGACCAAAAUCAAUGAGCUGGAAGCUUACACGCGUCCGGCCAAGGAAGACGUUGAGCAGGAGAUGCAGCGACCCAUAUUCACUACCCCGCUGCAGAACUUGGAGAACAUGAAGGAAGGCGAUCACGCCCAUCUCGAGUGUCGCCUGGAGCCCAUCAACGAUCCGAAAAUGCGGGUCGAGUGGUACGUCAACGGCAUGGCCAUCCGCACUGGCCAUCGCUUCCGCGCCACCCACGAUUUCGGCUACGUCGCCCUGGAUGUCUUGUACACUUAUCCCGAAGACACUGGCACCUACAUGUGCAAGGCCAUCAAUGCCCUGGGUGAAGCUGUCAACACGUGCACCAUCCAGGUAGCUUCUCGCAAGUCCAUCUACUUGGAUUCGCAACAUCCGGAAGGCUGGGAAAAGAUCCGCGCUCUUGAGUCGCACACCACGUCCCGUCCCGAAGAAGUGGAGGAGCCUGCCGGCCCGCCUCGUUUCAUUACCGAGCUGCAGGGCACCACCAAAUUGCAAGAAGGUCAAACCGCCCAUUUGGAAUGCCGGGUCGAGCCUGUCCGUGACCCCAAACUGCGCGUCGAAGUGUUCCACAAUGGAAAGCCACUCCAAUCGGCUUCACGUUACCACGUCACCUGCGACUUUGGUUACAUUGCCCUUGAUAUCAAGCACGUCCUACCGCAAGAUGGCGGAACAUACACCGUCAAAGUUAUCAACGACUUUGGAGAGUGCAGCUCAUCCAUCGACAUUGAGGUUGAGGGACGUAGUGGCCUCAUCCUGGAAUCGCAACAUCCUCAAGGAUUGGAUAAGAUUCGCGAACUGGAAGAUGCCAAUCGCUUCCGUAAAGAAGUCAACCUGGAACCGGUUCCUUUCCAGCGACCCGUAUUCACUGCCCCGCUGCAGAAUUUGGAAGGCCUACUGGAAGGCGCUAAUGCUCACCUGGAGUGCCGUUUGAUUCCCGUCGGUGACCCCUCCCUCAAGGUGGAAUGGUUCCGCAAUAACCUUCCGCUGGAAGACUCUUCCAGAAUCCAAAAGACGCACGAUUUCGGCUAUGUGGCGUUGGACAUUUCUCACAUCCGCGACGAAGAUCAAGGCAUUUACAUGUGCCGGGCAACCAACUCUCUGGGCGAGGGCGUCACGACGGCCUCUGUCAGGAUCCUCUCGAAGGCCAGCAUCAUGCUGGAGACUCAGCAUCCCGAAGGUAUGCGCAAAAUCCGCGAACUGGAGGAAGGCAAAGCCCCGCAACGUGGACCCGAGUUGGACAACGUCUUUGAAAAGCCCGUCUUCACCACUUGCUUGACUGGUCCGGCUGAACUUCUCGAAGGCCAAAACGCCCACUUUGAAUGCCGCGUCGUGCCCGUCGGCGAUCCAUCGCUCCACUUCGAAUGGUACGUCAACGGCGUCGAGCUGAAGAUGGGCUCCCGCUUCCGAGUUACCCACGAUUUCGGCUACGUCACGCUGGACGUCAGCUCCGUCAUCCCCGAGGAUUCGGGAGUUUACAUGUGCAAGGCUAUCAACAAGGCCGGUGAAGCUGUUUCCACCACCGCCAUGAAAGUGCGCGCUCGCGGAAGUAUCCUGGGCGACGCUGUCCAGCCGCAGGCUUGGCAGAAGAUCCAGUUGAAGGAGACGGAAUUGAACCGGGCGCCCACUGCCUACGAAGACGCUCCGCUAAGUGAAGCUCCUCGAUUCAUCAAGAACUUGGUCAAUCAGGAGCUUCUGGCUGAAGGUCACAACCUUCAUCUCGAAGCCCAGGUUGAGCCCAAGACCGAUCCCAACUUGCGAGUUGAAUGGUAUCACAACGGCGUCCAGCUGAUGACUGGCUCUCGCAUCCGCAGCACUUUUGAUUUCGGACUCGUCUCGCUGGACAUCAUCGGCCUGCGUCCCGAGGAUUCCGGCAUCUACGUCUGCAAGGCGGUCAACAAACAAGGAGAAGCUGUUUCGACCUGCACCAUCCGAGUGGAAGCGCACGGUUGGCUGCUGGGCCAGGCGCUGCGCCCUGAAGCGUUGGCCAAGAUUGCGGCGCUGGAAGAGCAGCAAGUCCGCGAAAUGGUGGAGCAGGAGGCGGACUUUGAGUCGCCCGUCUUCAUCACUCACUUGAACAACGUCGAGUGCCGCGAAUCGGAAACGGCCCACUUCGAAUGCCGCGUCCAGCCCAGCAAAGAUCCGACCAUGAAAAUCGAAUGGUUCGUCAACGGCAAACCCUUGCCCGUCGCUUCCCGCUUCAACGCCACCUACGAUUUCGGCUACGUCUCGCUGGACAUCAGCCACGUCUACGCCGAAGACUCUGGCGUCUACACCUGCCGCGCGCAGAACGCCAAAGGCCAGGCCGUCUCGACGGGAACGUUGCGCUGCACCAGCAGAGAAAACAUCUACCUGGACACUCAACACCCGCAGGGCAAAGCUGGCCUGGAAGCCGUCCACGAAGCUGAACAGGCUUACUACGCCAAGUACCAGCGCCAAUCAUCGAUGCCCGAGGCUAGCUUCCCCAAACCGCUCUUCAUCAUCCCCCUGCCCGAGAAGUUCUCGCCGGCCGAGGGCCAGCCGCUGCACAUGGAGUGCCACGUGGAGCCUAAACAGGAUCCCAAACUGCGCGUGGAAUGGUUUUUCAACGGCAAGUUGCUGGACCACGGCUCGCGUUUCAAGAUGACCAACGACUUCGGAUUCAUUUCGCUCGACCUGUCCGACGUCUAUUCGAGAGAUCAGGGCGUCUACACUUGCCGCGCCACCAACGCGGCCGGCGAGGCCUUUACCACCACCACCGUCUACUGCCAGGGCAAAGAGGGUCUCAUCGAGGGCACUCAACAUCCCAAAGGCGAAGCUGGUCUGGAACAGAUUCAGCGAUUGGAGGAUUCUCUCAUGCCGUCGACAGGUGGCGACGAUGCGGACGAAGAGGGAAAAGCCCCCGUCUUCACGUCGCAGUUCCAGAAUGUCACCAACUUGCUGGAGGGCGAUAUCGCUCACUUCGAGGCGACGUUGACGCCAGUCGGAGAUCAAACCAUGACCGUCGAAUGGUUCUACAAUGGCCAGUCGUUGAAACUGGGUCAUCGCGAACGCACCGUCCACGCUUUUGGCAUGGUCGUCCUAGAAAUCAUCGGCACAAAAGUGGAAGAUUCCGGAAUCUACACUUGCAGGGCUACUAACAAAUGGGGCGUGGCUGAGAUCAGCGUGACUCUUGAAUGCGUCGACAUGUCCAGCGGUCAGAAACCUGAAUUUACUUCUCAGAUUCAGAGCCUGGAGGGUCUCAAGGAUGGCCAAUCCGCUCAUUUCGAAUGCACGUUGGUCCCCGUCGGAGAUCCCAAUCUCAAGGUGGAAUGGUUCGUCAAUGGUCAACCGUUGCGUCAUUCAUCUCGCAUCAAGACCGUCUCGGACUUUGGUUUCGUCGUUCUGGACAUCGCGUACGUCCAGUCGCACGAUUCCGGCGAGUACAUUUGCAAGGCCAGCAACAAGUUUGGCGAAGACUUUACUCGCGCCACAUUGCGCUGCGUCGGAAAGGGAGGUGUCUAUUCCGACUCUCUCCAGCCGGACUCGCUGGCCAAGAUCCGCGCCUUGGAAGAACAAUCGCUGGGCGAGCCAGCUCCAAUGGCCGCCGCCUCCGAGGCACCGAAAUUCGUCACUCAAUUGGCUGACAUUGCCCGACUGGUUGAAGGUCAAAGCGCCCACUUUGAGGCCCGUCUGACGCCCGUCAACGACCCACUGCUGAUGGUCGAGUGGUACUGCAACGGAACCAAGCUGCCAACUGGGCACCGAUUCCGCACCUUCCACGACUUUGGCAUCGUCAUCUUGGAUAUCCUUUACUGUUACGAGGAGGACUCGGGUGUCUACGAAUGCCGGGCAGUCAACCAGCUCGGUCAAGACAGCACCCGAGCCACGCUGAAAUGCCUGUCAAAGUCCAGCCUCAUCCUGGACUCUCAGUUGCCCAAGGGCAUGGAUUCGUUGCAGAAGAUCCAAUCGUUGGAAGACAAGGAACGUCACGAUGGCGCUGUUGAGGAGGUGCGCCGCCAAGCGCCCGUCUUCACGGUGCCACUCAACAAUGUGGCCGGCUUGCGCGAGGGAGAGAAUUCCCACUUCGAGGGCCGUUUAACUCCCACGGACGAUCCUAAACUCAAGGUCGAAUGGUUCUUCAACGGCAAACCCCUGAAAACGGGUUCUCGCAUCCGCACGUUCAGCGACUUCGGAUUCGUCAUUUUGGAGAUUUCGCCCGUCUACCCGGAAGAUUCCGGCGAGUAUUCGUGCCGUGCUACCAACGACUACGGCGAGGCCGUCACUUCGGCUACGCUGAAAUGCCAGGGCAAGCGCAACGUCAUUUUUGAAUCGCAACUGCCCAAGGGCAUGGAACGCACCAUCGAGCGCAUCGCUGAGCUGGAAGGACUAGGCGGACGGCCAGCAGAUCAAGCCCCCGAAACGGACACUGGCAAGCCACCCGAGUUCUUGAGCCAGCCAGGAGAUCUUCUCCUACCCGAGAACGGCCUGGCUCAUUUCGAAACGAAAUUGACUCCCGUCGGCGAUCCCAGUCUGCGCGUCGAAUGGUUCCAUAACGGCAAACCGUUGCUGGCCGGCUCUCGAGUCAAAACCAUUUCUGAUUUCGGCUUUGUUAUCUUGGAAGUUACCGGAGUCUACGCUCGCGAUGCUGGCCUCUACACCUGCAAGGCCAGCAACAAACACGGAGAAGCGUCCGUCUCGUGCACCCUGCAAGUCAAGGGCCGUCAGGGUAUCAUCCUGGAACCGCAGCUGCCGCAGAGCUUCAAGAGCGGCACCCAAUCCAUCCAGAAACUGGAGGAGAAUCUCUACAAACGCGACGAGCCGGCCGCUCCGGCUGACGACCAGCCGAACCCGCCUCGUUUCGUCAGCGAAAUCCAAGACCUCGACUUGGUCGAAGGACAAGCGGCCCACUUUGAUUGCCGCGUCGAGCCCGUCGGAGACGCUUCCAUGCGUAUCGAAUGGUUCCACAACGGCCGUCCGCUUGGCUCCGGCUCUCGCAUCCGCAUGCUGGACGAUUUCGGCUUUGUCGUCCUCGACAUUGACUGGACUUUCCCUCGCGAUGCUGGAGAGUACGUCUGCCGUGCCACCAACCGUUGGGGCUCGGCCACUACCAAAGCCAAACUGGUCACCAAGGGCAAACGAGGCGUCAACACGGACUCGCAAUUGCCGCAAGGCAUGACGGGCGAAAAACUGCGCGACCUGGAACGCGGCCCAGUUGUUGAACGAAUCCAGGAAGACGCCCCCGAAGCUGCUCCCCACUUCACUCAGCAACUCAAAGAGAUGUCGAUGGAAGAAGGUGAAACUGCCCAUUUCGAAUGUCGCGUCGAACCCAAGACGGACGCUAAUCUGCGAGUCGAAUGGUACCACAACGGCAAACUGCUUCAAAGCGGACAUCGUUUCCGUACCGUCUUUGAGCUUGGCUUCGUCUCGCUGGACAUCCUCUACGCUUAUCCGGAAGAUGCUGGAGAAUACCUUUGCCGUGCCUUUAACCGCAUGGGCGAGGCCACAACGAAAGCCAGUCUAACUUGCAAGAGUGUUCCAGCCAUCAUCAUGCAGAAUCAAAUGCCGCGUGGCAUGAAGAAAUCCGAGACUCUGCUCCAGAUGGAAGCCGCUCUCAAGAAAUACACAUCUGAAAUCUUUUUAACUGAAGACGAUAUCUACGACGCUGAUAAACGUCAGCCACCGAGAUUCGUGACGCAGAUCAAGGACAUGUUGGAGCUCAAGGAGAUGGAAAUGACCAAAUUUGAGUGUCAAUUGGCUCCGGUGGGUGAUCCCAGCAUGCGCGUCGAAUGGUUCUUCAACGGCAAACCGUUGGCUUACAAGACCCGUUUCACUCCCAUCUACGAUUUCGGUUACGUUGCCAUGAAUUUCGGAUGGGUCUAUCCGGAAGACAGCGGCGAAUACGUUUGCCGAGCCACCAACAAGUACGGCAUGGACGAAACGCGCGCCUUCAUCAAGACGACGGGCAGCAAAGGCAUCAUUUACGAUUCGCAAUUGCCCAAGGGCAUGCAGAGUGUCGAGAUGAUCCGUGAAAUGGAAGCCUCCUGGCAGAGGAUGCCCGACGAAAGGGUCGAAGCUGAAGUGCAAAAGGAAAAGCCCGUCUUUGUACUGAAACCAAAGGACGUCCAGGUGAUGGAAGGCGAAUGGGCACGUUUCUGCUGCCGCGUUACCGGCUAUCCUCGCCCGCGUGUCAUGUGGAUCCUGAAUGGCCACACUGUCAUCAACGGCACUCGCAACAAGUUGACGUACGACGGUAUGUGGCACCUGGACAUCCCCAAGACGCGCCAGUACGACGAUGGCAAACUCGAAGUAGUGGCCCGCAACUCCCAGGGAUCUGCCAGCUGCGUCGUCGAGCUCAAAGUGACAGCCCGCACUGACGAUCAUCGUGGUGUCCUUAAGAAUUCACCGAAACAAUACAAGGACACGCCCACUUACCGGAAACCGGAAUGGGUGACCCGCAUGGAGAUUGUCCGCGCGCAGAUGUUAGAAUCGCAACAACCUCCGCAGUUCACGACCGAAAUUGUCGACGCUCGUGUACAAGAAGGUGAAGAGGCCAAGUUCGAGUGUUUCUACGCCGGAAACCCGAAACCUGAUAUCUGUUGGUACUUCAACAACAAACUGAUCAACCCCAAUCCGAACGUCAAAAUUCGCAUCAAGGACAACAGCACAUCGUGCACGAUCCUCGAAGUCGAUCAGGACUUGGAGGGCGAGUACAUGUGCAAGGCGACCAGCUCUAGCGGAGCUCACCUCACUAAAGCCCGUCUUCACGUUCACGAGUUGACUGGCGAGGCCCGAGACAUUUGGCUUGCCAAGAAGGCUAAAGUGAUCGAAGAAAAGAAACGCAAAGAGAAAGAGAAGGAGGACAAAAAGACGAAGAAAGAGAAGGGGGCUAAACUCACUAAAGAAGAAUACCUAAAACAAGCCAUGCAGGAAAAGGAGGCCGCCAAAGCUGAAGAAGCCAAAAAAUUGGCAGCCAUUGAAGAAGCCAAGCAGGCCAAAAUCGAAGCUGAACUUCAACCGAAGCCAGAAGUCAAAGUCAACAAAGCCAAGAUUCAAAAAGAAGCCAUGAUUGAGGAAAGCCUCAAUAAAUUCGUGGAAAAUCAAGCGAUCGGCCUGAAAGCUUUGCUGGAAAUGACCGAAAGGAAAUCGUUGAACGUGACCGAAGUGGUGACACAAGACAAGGCCAAUGAAUUCAGCCAAAAUCAGGCACCUUUCAAGGAAUUUCUACAAAUCGAAACGAUGCUCAAAUCCGGCAUAACAGUCGAUCAAAUCGUGACGUUGGGUUCCAUCGGCAAUCUACCAACUCUGACAGCUCCCGAGACCCAGAAAGCUCUUGUCCGUCUGGUAGAAGAUCAAGGUUUCAAAGCCGUCGUUCUUCAGGAAAUCGUGAGAGAGGCCGCUAAAUUGGCUCCUGAAGAGCCGCUUGGUAUGAAAGCUGUUCUCAAAGCUAUCGAGACCAAGAGCGCAGCUGUAGAAGACAUUGUGGUGAUGGCCACACAUCCGGAAGAGUUCAAUUUAGAAGCUCCGCCAGUGCCGGAGAUGGCAACAGUCUCGACUUUGUUGAACGAAGGCAUCUCCUGCGAAGAGAUGUUGACCAUCGUUAAAGCCGGAGAACUGCCGGCCUUGAAUCUCCCCGAAAAUCAAUGGGCACUCAUUCAGAUAAUGGAAAAACUCGGACAAACGGCCAUCGUUUCGCAGGUGAUUGUCGAAGAACCGGCUCUCAAUCUUCCGGCUAUGAUCAACGAGAUUCCGCAAACGGUGGAAGAAAGACUGGACAAAUUCAUCACGAACCAAUCGAUUGGAUUGCGAGCUUUGAUCGGCAUUGCCGUUCAAGAAUCGGUCAACGUCAGCGAAAUGGCAACGUUGGACAGAGUACAAGAGUUCCAGCCGGGACAAGCUCCUUUCCAAGAAUUCCUCAACGUUGACACUAUGCUGAAGUCGGGUGUCAGCGUCGAUCAAAUCGUGACGCUUGGCUCUACUGGAAAUCUUCCCGUCUUGACCGCUCCUGAAAGCCAAACUUUGGUUCGCAUCGUCGAAGAUCACGGAUCUCGGGCCAUCACUCGCGAAAUUAUCGUGAAGGAAGCAGCCAAAUUGGUUCCCGAGGAAGUGAUUGGUUUGAAGGCCGUGCUCAAAGCGGUCAAGACCAAAAAGGCUGACAUCAAAGACAUUGUCGAAAUGGCCACACGUCCCGAAGAAUUCGGUCUGGAUGCGCAACCCGUUCCAGAAAUGGCCAGUGUUUCUACUCUGCUUCACGAGGGCAUCUCCUGCGAGGAGAUGUUAACCAUCGUCAAAGCUGGAGAAUUGCCCGCUUUGCAAUUACCCGAGACCCAAUGGCCCUUGAUCCAGAUUAUGGAACGCUUGGGACAGACAGCCAUCGUGUCGCAAACUAUCAUCGAGGAACCAACGCUCGGAUUGAAAAUCGAGAUCCCCGAAAUGGCGUCGUCCGUCGAGUCUACUGUUGAACCGCUAUCCACAGCUGUUGUUGAGGUGCUACCAGAUGAUGUUAUCAUCCAGCCGAAGAAGACGAAGAAGCCGUACAGAGUCGAGGACGUCGAGGACGCCUUCGCCGUUCAGGCCCGCAAGGUGAAGGAUAGUGCCGAAGGGGACGAUGUCGAAGGAGGCGCCAUUUUCAAAUUGAAAUCCCAAGGCGAAACGAGUGAAGAUGUCCAGGAAGAGUUCAGUUUGGGAUUGAAACCUCGUCGGCCGGUCAAGCCCAGCAUUUCGGUCGAAGCCGACGAAAGCCUGCGCUUUAAAAUCCCGGCCAGGCCGAAAGUGUCGGCGCCGACCCUGGUGGAAGAUGGUAGCACGUUGACCGUCACCCGUGCCGCUACGUCCGUCUUGGCUGACACGGAGGAAGAAACCACGUGUCCGUUGGAGCCGCAGGAGGGCGACGAGUUCUUCUCGUUGUGCUCUUACGUGGCUGACACGGAAGAAGCCAUGAAUUUGGUAGAGGGCGAAAGGGUCUAUGUCCUCGAAUGGCACAACUCUGAUUGGUGGUUCGUCCGUAAACACCUGACGGAAGAAACGGGCUGGGUCCCUGCCCAGUACCUGAAAGACGACACCAGUUACACGCACUACGUCAAGAAGAAGCUGGACGAGAAGAUCAACAAGUUGCCCGUCUUUGAUUUGCCGUCAACGGACGAAUCCAAAGUGCAGGCCCCGAGGUUCCUGACCAAAUUGCAACCCAUCCGUGCGCCAGAUGGAACCAGCGUCACCUUCGAAUGUCAAGUGGAAGGUUCCCCGCGUCCAGUGAUCACCUGGUUCCGACAGACGGCCGUUAUCAAACCGUCCCAGGAUUUCCAGAUGGUCUACGACGAAGAAGGUAACCUGGCCAGCUUGACGAUCGUCGAAGUCUUCCCUGAAGACGCUGGAACGUUCACCUGCGUGGCCAAGAACUCUGCCGGAUUUGCAUCCAGCUCUACGGAGUUAGUGGUCGAAGCUCCGCUAUCCGACCACGGCUCCGACACGACCAUAACGUCCCGUCGUUCGUUAUCCAGGGAAUCCUCGCUGAUGGACAUCCUGGAAGGCAUUCCGCCGACCUUCUCUCAAAGACCGAAAACGAAAACAGUUGACGAGGGCACCGACGUUGAGCUUGAAUGCCGCUUGGUGGCAGUGCCUGAGCCGGAUGUGGCCUGGUUCCAUAACGGCAAACGCAUCAAGCCCAGCGAUCGCAUUGCCUUGCUGGGUCAGUCGGAUGUGCACAUGUACUGCAGCAUCAUUCAGAUCAAGGAUGUCCAAAUGACCGACGAAGGAACGUACGACAUCAUCGCCCGCAAUCGCGAAGGUGAGGCCGUCAGUCACGUUGUCCUCAACGUCAAAGUCAAAGGCGCCAAGAAGAUGCCACCGCAAGUGGACCAGCCGUUGAAAAAUGCCGUUGUCCAAAUCGGCAGCUCAGUGACGCUGACGGCCAAGGUGACUGGCAUUCCCAGUCCCGUAGUCAAAUGGUACCGUAACGGCGUCGAGAUCCAAACGAACGUCACGACGAACGAGAGGGGCGUUUCAACGUUGAUUAUUCCCGCUGCCCAGCCAGAAGAUGACGGCGAUUACAUGCUGAAUGCUGAAAACGAACACGGGCAAGUUCAAACGUCGGCCACGCUAACAGUCCAGCCGCCAAGCAAACUGCAUUUCGUCGAAAAGUUCAGCCACGUGUCCGUCUUGGAAGGCGAUCCUUUCGUCCUGAAAGCGAGCCUUUCGGCACCGGCUGAAGUUUCGUGGUACCGCAACGGCAAGCGUUUGAAGCCGACCAAGUCGCUGAAGAUCACGUCGGACGGGUUAGUGCACACUUUGCAAGUGUCCAGCGCCAGCGUCGACAAGGAAAUCGGCGAAUACAAAUGCGUGGCCAGCGCCACUGGCGGAACGAAAAUAUCGCACGCAGCGCACGUCACUGUCGAGUGCAAUAUUUUCGUCCAGCCGCUGGAAGAUGUCGAAGUCGAUGCCGGAUCGGAUGUCGUUCUCCUGUGCCGAACCAAAGAGCCCGCCGAGGUGUUUUGGUACAGAGACGACAUCCUUCUAGCCCCGCUUUUGCCUAGCGGGCAACAAGGUCCAGUUCAAGAGAGUAGAGAUAGAGAACAUAAGUUGGUGAUGCGCAGGGUGGGCAGGAAGGAGACGGGUCGUUACAGCUGCACGUUCCACAAUCAAACGACCGCUUGUGUUUUCACAGUCAGGGCCGAACCGGCGCACGAAUUCGUCACCAAGAUCAAGGAUCUAGAGAUCAAGGAGCGCCAACCGGCCGUCUUUACGGCCGACGUCUCGGACGACGCGGCCCAGGUCACGUGGCACAAGGACGGCGAGCCGCUGGAUCAAGCCAAUACGGAACGCUACGAAUUCGUCGCAGAGGCUCGCAAGAGGAGCUUCACCAUCCGUAGCGUUUCGCUGCUGGACGAAGGCGAGUAUACGUGCUCGCUGGCCGAUCAGGAGUGCACGGCCGAGUUGGUAGUCAUCGAACUGCCUCCCGAGAUCACUCUACGUCUUCAAGACGUGACGGUCCGUCGCGGAGAAGAGGCCAGCUUUGAGAUCGAGUUGACCAAAGGUGACGCCAAGAUCCAGUGGUUCCGCAACAACGAGGAGAUCCAGCUCUCCGAGCACAUCCAACUGGCCAUCGAUGGUAAGCGUCAGAGGUUAGUCAUCUACGAUAGCGGGCCGGAAGAUGCCUGCGAGUACUCUUGCGUCAUCGGAGAUCAGAAGUCUGCGGCGCGACUCCAAGUCCUGGCGCCCAAAGUGAACUUUGUGGCCAAAUUGCCGGAGAUCGUUGCCGCCCCCAUGGGUCAGGACGUCACCUUCACCGUCCAGCUGACAGGCGAAGAUGCCGAAGUGACGUGGAUGAAGAACGGAGAAGUCGUCGUCGAUUCCGAUAGGAUCAAACUCACUCGAGACGGCUGUGCCCGGUCUUUGACCAUCACCAAAGCUGCGAUCGAAGAUAGUGCGGAAUACACUUGCAUCCUGGAGGCCAUGAAGACCGUCACCGUACUGACGGUGGAAGUACCAAAGGUCCCGCCCAGCAUACCCACCGAUCAAGUGCACGCAGAGGUGUGGGUCCGUCGCGGAGAGGAUGCCGUCAUUGAGGUCCCGUUCAAUGGCUUCCCUACACCCAAAGCCGAAUGGACGUUCAAGGGCAAAGCCAUCCGCAAGACCAAGAAGUCGGUGUACAGCAUCAGCGAAACGUCUGCCCAGCUCACGUUGAAAUUAGUCGACGAAAACGAAGCCGGCGUCUAUACCUGCAAACUGUCCAACGAGUGUGGCGACGUCAGCGUGUCUGUUACUAUCAAACUCAUCGAAAAACCGAGCAGUCCCAGCGCGCCGGAAUGUCUAGAAACGGCCGACGAUUCCAUCACAAUUAUGUGGAAACCCCCCGGCUUUAAUGGCGGCUCCGUCAUCACAAACUACAUCAUCGAGUAUCAAGAAAAGCAAACCAAAAAAUGGGUGACGGCCAACAAAGAUGUCACCGUCAUCGAAACAACGUACAUGGUCACCAAAUUAACGCACAACACCGAGUACAGGUUCCGCGUGACAGCCGUCAAUAGCGCAGGUCCUGGAACACCAUCCAGCGAAUCGUUGCUGUUCAAAGCAGCUAAAGCCGCCAUCCCAGAAGCGCCGGUUAUCCGUGAGCCAUUGAAAGACGUCACAGCCGGCCUGAAAGAAACGGCCACGCUGUCUUGCAUCAUCGUCGGUGUUCCACAACCGACGCUGACCUGGUACAAGGAUGACGACGAAUUCGUGCCGAAAUCUUCAUCGUACGAAAGCGGAUUGGCUCGUCUUAUCUUGAAUAAUACCACCGAAGAAUCAGCCGGCCAGUACACGUGCCGGGCCUCCAACGACAGCGGAUCGGUCGAGUGUUCUUGCACGUUGACCAUCCAAGAAGCGCCCAAGAUCGUUCCAGAGAAAAAGACCAAAGUGUAUCGUCUGCAAGUCGAGAAGCAAUGGUCCAUCACGGCUAAGGUGACGGGCUUACCUCGACCUGACAUCACCUGGACUAAAAACGGGGCCAGCUUUGAAGGCAAUACGCAUUACAUCGCUGACGUCGAAGCCCAGUCGUCGACGGCCUGUUCCACUACGUUGACUAUCAUCACCACCGAGCGCACGGACACAGCUAAAUAUACGCUGACCGCAACGAAUGUGGCUGGAACAGUCACUCACGAUGUAACUUUGAAAAUCAGCGAUAAACCGAGCAAGCCUCAAGGCCCGCUUGUAGCCAAAGAGGUAGACAAGACAUCGGCCACGAUGGAAUGGAAGCCUCCGCUGGAUGAUGGCGGCAUAGAACUCAAGGGCUACGUUGUUGAAUACAGCGAGAUCUUUACCGAACAAUGGAAACAGGUUGAAGAAAUCUGCCCUCAUCCCAUCUGCCACGUUCAGAAUUUGACCGAAGGAUUGGAAUACGUCUUCCGCGUUAGUGCCGUUAACGAUGUCGGUACUAGCGAACCGCUGGACACCGGAGCGCCGGUGUUGAUCAAGAGCCAAUUCGAUACGCCGUCAGCCCCUCGCGGCCCGCUGGACAUCUCUGGCAUGACGGAUACUUCUUUGGUACUGAAAUGGUUGCCGCCGACAAGCGAUGGAGGCUCUCCUCUAACGGAAUACCUCAUCGAGCGUCGUGAAGUCUCUAAAAAAGCUUGGCAGAAAGUGGGCGCCGUCGAUGGAAAGACGACAUACAUCGAGGCUUGUAGUCUGAAGAAAGGAACGUCCUACAAUUUCAGAAUCACGGCCCAGAAUCAGCUGGGAUACGGGCCAGCUUACUCGCCAGAGGAUGUCAUCGUCGCAGGCAAACGGAUUACUCCCCCAUCACCGCCCAGCAAUUUGCAAGUGGCGGACAUCACGAGCCGAUCGGUGACCCUGCAAUGGGCUCCACCAGCAUCGACGGGUGGAGCUGAAUUGACGGGUUACAUCAUCGAAAAAAUGCUGCAAGGAACGGACAAGUGGGAGAAGGUGGUCACACUCGAUCCGUCCGUCACCGUCCACUGCAUUCAAAAUUUGAAGGAGCGAUCCGAGUUCUUCUUCCGCGUGUUCACCGAGAACCCGAUGGGACUUUCGGCCCCGGCCGAGAGCGAGAAAGUUUCGUUGAAGACGCACGCUACUGUUCCGUCACCUCCGACGUCUCCGCUGGAAGUGCGUCCGGUUGGACCCAACUCGAUCAUCGUCGAGUGGGGCAUUCCAGAGAGCGACGGUGGCGCUGCCAUCGAUGGCUAUAUCGUCGCUGUCCGGGAUAGCCGUAAAACCAUGUGGAUGGAAGUCGGUCAAGUUGGAGCUGACACAACUCGCCUUAUCGUCAAAGACAUGCAGGAGGGUCACAAAUAUUACGUCCGAGUUUUCGCCCGAAACGAAGUGGGUCUCAGCGAUCCACUAGAAACCGAAGAACCGGUGAAAGUCGUUCGACCACCAGAUUACCUCGAACCGGGCAUAGCCGGCCCGGCUCACAAGGAUCCGACAGCGUCGUUAAGUCUCAGCACGGAGACGCUGUCGUCGUGGAUGCGCGACGCGAACAUGGAUGCCGAUAUCCGCAUUUACUCGCGCUCGUCCCUCCUCCGCCGUGAUGAAUAUUUCUUCCGCGUUUGGUACUACUCUCGACAACUCUUCAAAUAAUAAUUUUAAAAAAUGGAAACUAAAAAAAACAAAAAACAAAAACAAAAAAAAAAUUAUAUCAACGAAUGAAGUUUGAAAAGAAGUUGAUACCAUCUGGUGGUCGAUCAUUGAAGAUCGGUGUACAUAUUGAUUAAGAUAUUUAAAACAAAACAAAACCCUUUAAGCUUUGGAUAAAUCUUUCUUCUUAUCAGAUUCUAGCUAAUUUCUAACCCACACUGCCAAUCACUAAAAGAAAGCCAUUGAAACAUAAUGUCUACCUAAAGAUUUUAGAUCAUGUUAUAUGUGUUAAAAGCUGCGUUUAAUCAUUACAAUAGACAGACGAACAACCUGUUAAUGGAAAGUUAAAAAAAAAAAAAAGUGGGAGAAAGAAGGAGAGAUUUGCGUCUCUCUCCUUCUGGUCGAUAUCGUGUGUCCACCCAGUGCAAAGCCUCCCAGUGGAGCGUGAUCUCUUUCUCCAUCUUUCUCCUUCUUUUGUUA